GUAGAGCUGCCUCAAGGCUAGCAUGUCGGGGCCCGCGGUUGUAUUGCAGAUUCGCGCGAUGUCGUUCAUCUUAUCAUUGACCUUGGCGCCAACCUCUGCAACGUGUUCUCUCCAAUUGAGCCUAUGGUCGACCUCAACACCUAAGAUUCUCAUUGAGCCUUCGGGCUUCUUGCCCUCGAGCCCGGGGAUUUUGGGCAUGUGCUUGAAGGCAUCAGCCCUGUGGCGAGGUGGACGGAAGUGCAUGACGUGGUAUUUGUGAGGCGAGAAAGAAACGCCGACCGAGUCGGCCCAUACCAUGAUCCUGUCGUGGCAUUCCUUGAGCGCCUUGCAGUUGUCUUCGUAAUCGUCGGAUACGGCGAGUAGGUAGGUAUCGUCGACGUAGGCGAAGGGAUAGAUCCUGACCUUGGAGUUGGUGUACUCGGAAGCGGCGCCAACAAUGGGCAUGGAGAAGAAAAGGAAGAGUAGGGGAGACAAGGGACUGCCCUGAGGAAUCCCCAUGUUGACCCAGAAGCUGGAUGAGGUGAAGCCCGGGAGCUUCAUGUCGGUGCUGCGAUCAGUA